AUGAACGGGUAUACUGUUAUGGAAGAAUUCUUAUCUGUGGCUGAUUCUUGCAUUAAUAAAGAAUAGUUAAAAGUACUCAAAGAAUAUUAUACACCACAAAUAGAUUCAAAUCGCAAAUUAAGUCAAUUAAAAUUUAAGAACAUUAUUAAAAGUGUUGAAAAAAGGGAUUAUCUUAGUUACAAUAAUGUUGAACCACUUUUUUAUAUUUCAAUUAAUUUAAAUGAUUUUAAAAUAGAAAGUAAAAUAAGAGAUUAUAAUUUCAUUUGCAAAAUACGCAAACCUUUCCACUUAAACAUGUAUCAAAGUAAAGAUGCAAAUAAAAACAAGAAAGAACAGACAUAUCAAAAUGUAAUUAAAAGUGAUAUAUCAGAAUCAAAAAUACCUACUGAUUCUAAUAUCAAACAUCACAAACCAGUAUUAAAUAUUCCUGAAUACCAAAUUGAUGCAAUCCAAAAUAAAUACCCUUCUGAUUUAAGGGAACAAAGUUUUGAAGUAAGGGUUUAAUUAAUUUGUACUUAUUUUAUACAAAAUUCUUUACAUAAGCAUAAUCUAGAUAGUUUUGUAGGCUUUAAGUUGUAUGUAUCCCCAAUACGAUACUGGCAACUGGGACUAAACUUAUACGUGCAUUGGAAAAGGCAAGACGCAGAGAUCUCAAAGAACUGCUGAAAAAUUUAUAAUAAAUAAUGGUAAAGAUUAAAUAAUUAUAGAAGGGUAGAUUAUAUUAAUUAAAAAUUUA